GAUGGGAGCCAGUCGUUCGGAAGCCUUUCUCUAUGAAACUUGGUCGCUCUUUUCGACUUUAAUAUAAUCGCGUCUUAUCUCACCAAGUUUAAUUUUUGAAGUGAACUCGUACGUCGAACCCAAUCGAUCUCCUCUCAUCGUCCCACCACCCUGUAUUUCACCGUCCGAUUCAAAUUUCCUCUUUGUAGAUUUUUUCUUUUAAUAUGUAAGAUUCCCCCGAGAGAGCAUGUUUUUGUUUUUAUUAUGGACAUAACGAUCCUGAUAAACUGUCAGUUGUUAAAAGCGGCAGGAUAGCCGUAUAGCGAUUUCGGCAGAUUUUCUCAAAAAAGUAUUUAUGUAAAAAAAAAGAGGAAGGAACAAAAUGAUAAAAUCUUACCAGUGAUUUUGUCAUGUUUGCUGAAAUCGGUGAAAAAUUGAAAAAAAUGGUAGGUCUACCUUGAUACAAUUGGCAGAUUGUUACUUUUUUUAGUUAUAUCGGGCGACAUGUGCUUACCCGGGAGGCAAUAUAAUCUAGUGAAAGUGGUAUGUGGCGAGAUCAGGGAGAAAGGUGCUUGUCCUCUCCGCUUCUUUCUACAUUUUCAAAUCACAACUUCUUUUAAAUAGUCGGAAUUAUACUCCAUUCUGUACGGUUGUGACAUCUGAAAAAAAAAGAAAUUGUAAAUUUAUCAUAGCGUACAUCUGACGUCCAAUCAUAGAGUCUAAAAUCUGCGACAAGUGGUACAUUUAAAAAAAAAAAUCACUCCUUGCCCUCUUCUCAGUUUGCACAUGUCCACCGUUUUAUUAUAAUUUUUUUUUCCGGAACUGUAAAACUCAGUUUCAUUCCCAGUCUUGUUAUGCAUUCUGUUUUCUUUUUCAUAAGGGAUGUAGGAUUAGUGAAGUUGGCGGGGGUGAUGGGACAUGGGUGUGAGACAUACAUAUGAUGGUGAUAGCUCUACUCGUGUUUGUGGGCUCAAGCCUGGCCCACACCUGCCCUCCACCAUGUGUCUGCGACCAAGAAUUCACUCAUGUCACAUGCAACGCUGCCGGAUUCACCACCCUACCUACCAAUUUGCCUCCGACCACGCUCAAACUGGACUUGCUUAGCAACAACAUCACGGAAAUUGGAGAACACGAUUUCGAAGAGAUUCCAGACCUCGAAGAACUAAUUUUGGGAGAUAACAAAUUGGAAAAAAUCCACCCUAAGGCCUUCGCAUCAGUACCAAGAUUAAAAAGACUGUCUAUGCAAAACUGUGGUAUAGUUGACGUUCCGUGGGAGGCUUUUUAUCCUUUGAAACACUUAACAUCACUUCAACUGGACCAAAAUGAAAUUUGGAAACUUGAAUCUGAUGACAUGGUACAAAUGGCCGAACUGAGAAAUUUGAGGCUGGACUCCAAUAAAUUGAAAGCGAUACCUUCAGAAGCAUUUAACUAUCUCCCUUCUUUGGAAGCUUUAAAUCUUGGUUCUAAUCUUCUUACAACUAUUCCACUUAAAUCAUUUUCAGCUCUGUCAAAUCUCUUAAUAUUAUAUGUUAAAAGAAAUCAAAUAUCGUCAAUUCAUGACGAUGCAUUUGCAAAUUUAACAUCCCUCAGAGUGCUAGAACUGGAUGACAAUCUCCUUACGCACAUUCCAAUAGCAUUAACUAAACUAACUGCUCUUCAAGAACUAUCUGUUUCGGGUAACAAAAUUAAAUACAUCCCAAGUGGGGUUCUUCAGAAAUCUCAAGGUUUGGCUCAUCUGGAAUUAAAAGGAAAUCCGUUAGUUGGAGUCGAUCCACACGCAUUCUCAUUCCUCCCUAAAUUAAGAAAAUUGAUUUUAUCCGACGCUCGAGAAUUGACAGAGUUCCCAAGUCUAAAUGGGACGUCUGCUUUAGAAAUUUUGAGGAUAGACAGAGCGAGUUUACAAACAGUUCCGGAAACGUUGUGCAAAUCGUGUCCAAAAAUUAAAAGCUUGGACUUGAAGUCGAAUAGUUUGUACAAAGUUCCUGAUUUGAUUGGUUGUAAAGAUUUGAGAGUGUUGGAUUUAGCUGGAAAUAAAAUUUCAUCAUUAGAAGGAAGGCUAUUUGCAGGAUUGAAUCAGUUACACGACAUGUUGCUGUCGCACAACGAAAUAACGAGGAUUCCAAAAGAUGCUUUCUUUGGUUUGCCAAGACUACAAGUCCUUGACCUGGAAAGCAAUUUAAUAGAAGAGAUCCAUCCGGAUGCCUUCACAGAAUUCAACCAACUUGAAGAUUUAAAUCUUGGCAACAAUAUAUUCCCUCUACUUCCGACAGAUGGGCUGGACCGUCUGUUACAUUUGAAAACGUUCAACAAUCCAAAAUUAAGAGUUUUUCCUCCUCCAGAAAAAUUUCCAAGGGUUCAGACAUUGGUUUUGUCCUACGCCUACCACUGUUGUGCUUUUCUUCCGUUAAUACCGAUUGAACCGCCUCAGAGAAUACCCGUUCACGAAUCUGUACUGUUUCCAACUGAUAACGAAUUUGACAUGAGCUUAUGGAAUUCGAGUUUGACUGACAUUUGGCCCCAACUGCAAAAUCUAAGCAAAAAAUUCGGAACACAAAUAAACCAAUUGUGGGAUAAUUUUGGAACUGACUUCACUUACCCGGGGAACCUACCGGCGUAUGUUGAAGAAUAUUUUGAAGAGCAAGACAUUAAUAAACAGACAGACACACCUCCUGGUAGAAUUCAAUGCUUGCCGACCCCAGGUCCAUUUCUACCUUGCGUUGAUUUAUUUGAUUGGUGGACGCUCAGAUGUGGUGUAUGGGUUGUAUUUUUAUUGGCCAUGCUUGGAAAUGGAACUGUUGUGUUCGUCUUAAUAUUCUCUAGAAGCAAAAUUGACGUGCCACGAUUCCUUGUGUGUAAUUUAGCAGCUGCAGAUUUUUUUAUGGGAGUUUACUUAGGUAUGCUAGCUGUCGUCGAUGCAUCUACACUAGGAGAAUUCGAAAUGUAUGCCAUACCUUGGCAGAUGUCAGCGGGCUGUCAACUCGCAGGGUUCUUAGGUGUAUUGAGUUCUGAAUUAUCAGUAUACACACUGGCUGUUAUCACAUUGGAAAGAAAUUAUGCCAUCACACAUGCCAUGCAUCUCAAUAAACGUCUCUCAUUGAAACACGCAGCCUAUAUUAUGUUGUGUGGGUGGACGUUUGCUAUAAUAAUGGCAACGUUGCCAUUAGUCGGAGUGUCUGAUUAUAGAAAAUUUGCUACUUGUCUGCCUUUCGAGACGAGUACAACUUGGAGUCUGACAUAUGUGGUAUUUUUAAUGUUUAUUAACGGUAUCGCUUUUCUUAUACUAAUGGGAUGCUACUUAAAAAUGUAUUGUGCAAUUAGAGGAUCGCAGGCAUGGAACUCCAAUGAUUCAAGGAUCGCAAAACGGAUGGCUCUUUUAGUUUUCACAGAUUUUUUGUGCUGGUCGCCUAUAGCGUUUUUCUCAUUGACCGCCGCGUUCGGCCUUCAGUUAGUCAGCCUCGAGCAGGCAAAAGUAUUCACAGUCUUUAUUUUACCUUUAAAUUCUUGUUGCAAUCCGUUUCUUUAUGCAAUUCUGACAAAACAGUUCAAAAAGGAUUGUGUACUUAUUUGUAAAGCAAUUGAGGAAUCUCGAGUUACAAGGGGAAUAGGAAGAUGCCGCCAUAGCUCGAACUUCAGCAACCGUCAAACUCCAGCAAACACAAACAGUUUGAUUGACAGAUCGUCCCGAGAUCAGCAAGCUCAUCAACCAUGCAGCUGCAACGUUAAACUGUUAGGCGAUAGCUCAAGCUCUAAAACAACACCAUCGCGAUGGAUUGCCAAUAAAUUGCGUUGGCUUUCAGUCUGUGCACAUCGGGACAGCAGCUCUAGACAUCGAACGAGAUCCGAUCAGUAUGCUUAUCAAAUUGCAGAGAUUCAACAGAAACAACACAAAAGAGCAUCUUCAGUAUCAUCGAGUGAAAACUUCAGCUCGAGCAGAUCGGAUUCCUGGAGGCAAAAUCACCACCAUUGUGGUAUUCCUAUGAGACUUUUAGAUCCAAAACGGAGGGCUUCUUCUUGGAUAGUAACGAGGAAAACAUCCCAAGAUUCAAACCUAUCGAGCUCAAGGAACGAUUCAUCAGGAUCAGCCACGACUAACAGUACAACCAUGUCGAGAGUGUCUCGUUCGAGUAAUUCUAGUGAAACGAGGUCAAAGCCUCGUUUAACAAGACAAAGUGCUGUUCAAGAUGAUGACAUUCCAGGAUCACCGGCAAGGCUUACAGUCCGCUUUUUAACAACGAUCCCGUCUGCUGCAGAAACAAGCGUACAACAUGAAGAUGAAAACCCUUGUUAUGCGAUCCUCCAUGCCAGUGCAGAAACAUCUCCUAAUCCUAGUCAAAUGUCCUCAUCAUUUCUGCAUAACGAACAAAAUUCAAAUCGACACAAGCCUUAAUUUUAAAAUUUUGAUUCCGUUACAAAAUACAUCAAAGAUUGCGACAUACUUUUUUUAAACUAACACUUAAAUAAUUUAACCUCUGGGUUUAUAUAUAUAUUAUUUUUUAAUUUAUAAGUCUAUCAAGGCAAAAUAGUUUUUAAUUGCACUAGAGUUCCUUGUUUGUUGUUAUCUGAUUCCUCUCUUAUAUUCGUAAUGAACUAGCAGAUAGAAGUGAUAAAUAACUAGAUUGUUCAGUUACAAGUUGAAAUAAACGUUUAUACAGUUGUCACACCAUGUGAAAAAUAAAUAGUGGUCUAUUUUUU